GGGGAGCAGAGUCUGCGCGACAUGGCCCGGAAGGCGCUGUGCCGGCUGGCGGCGGACCCCGUCGGCCUCGUCGUGACCGUGAGGCCGAUCACGCUGGCGUCGGAGGACAAGAAGCGCGAGGAGCCACUUCUCUUCGUGGGCGUGGGGCUGGGCCCCUCGCUGCAGCCCGACGGGACGCCGAACCUGGACGAGGGAGUCAGUCGCACGGCCGACGAGCGCCGCAUCAUCUGGACGGCGGUGCACGAGGCCCUCGGCAUCGCCCCAGAGGGAGAGCGGCUUCACGCGCAAGAUGCUCAAGAGGAGCUGCGAGAGGUGGUGACCGAGGUCUUCAUGCUGCAGGAGGCGUGGCUGUACGAGCGACUCCUCAGGUGGCUGAUGCAGCAGCGGAGGAAGACCUGGUGCGGCUGCGGCUGCUUUCAGGCCCUCUUCUGGCAGGAGGAGCUGGACCUGCUGGUUCACGAGUUUGGGGAGGAGAUCGCGACGCACUUCCUCUUCGUCCAGAGCUACACGUGGCACCUGGGCGUGGCUGGCGUUGUCGCCUGUGCGUGCUGGUUUUCUUCCCAUGUGUUCCAGGGUACCUUUGUUGGCUGGACCGGCAAGUUUAGAGAGCUGCAGGUCGUGGCCCAGGUUCCAUGGAUUUUUCUGGUACUUUUCAUGCCUGCGUGGGGCUUCCACUUCCUCGCCACGUGGAAGGCGGUGGCGUCCCACGCAGGAUUCCGCUGGAACGGGUCGCUGAGCUCGGUGCAGAACUCCGUGUACGAGGUGGCGCGCCUCCAGUCCCUGGAGAGCGCCUCGCAGAAGCGCCGGCGCUACCUCCGCGUGGCCUCCAUGUGUGCUCCUCUCAUGGUGUUUCAGUUAUUGGUGGUGCUCGCUAUCACCGCCGCCUUCAUAUGCAUCGAGGUCUACAUUUAUGACGUGUUGUGGGAGACG